AUGGCAUCUCUGGCAACCUUUGCUGCUGUCCAGCCAACUGCUGUUAAGGGUCUUGCAGGAAGCUCCAUCACUGGAACCAAGCUUCACAUUAAGCCUUCCUCUGUUGGCCUCAAAUCCUCUAAAACCCGGGCUGGUCCUGUGGUUGCAAAGUAUGGCGACAAAAGUGUUUACUUUGACUUAGAUGACAUAGCCAACACCACUGGUCAAUGGGAUUUGUAUGGAUCAGAUGCUCCUUCACCAUACAAUGGACUCCAGAGCAAGUUCUUUGAGACAUUUGCAGCACCAUUCACCAAGAGAGGAUUGUUGUUGAAGUUCUUGAUCCUUGGAGGUGGCUCAUUGCUUGCUUACGUCAGUGCCUCUGCUUCUCCGGACUAUCUACCCAUCAAAAAGGGUCCUCAACUUCCACCAAAGCUCGGCCCAAGAGGCAAAAUCUAA